AUGAAUCAAAUUUCACAAGUCACAUUGCCGGGGCUAUCAUUACAAAUUAAAGAAUUAGAUUCCACCAAGUCUAACUGCCACUCCACGAGUGAGACAAACCAAGUCAUUGUGGGGCCCUCAGAGCUCCCCACAGCACUAGCUAUGGCCCCUAGAUUGAGCACCAGGGCCCAGGCAUGGUCUGUGCUGGUGGGGGUUGUGCUGGGAGUAGGGGGGUCCUUUCUGUCCUCAUUGCACUUGCUGCCAAAGGCACCUCUGCUGCAAACACACACCAGCUACAAGCACCACCUGCUGCCUGAGACAAGGCAGGGCAUCUGUCCGGAGGUGAUUGAAGAUGAAGAUGAUGAUGGGUUCAUUGAGGACAAUCACAUUCAGCCUGGGGCUGGCAGGCUGGGGAUGGAAGGUAUCAGGAAUCACUUCAACCUCUGA